AUGAAGCUGCUCUUCCUACUACCAGUGUUUUGUUCUUUGGCCAGCGCUCACAACAUCCUAGUGGUAUUCCCUUACCCUAGCCGAUCGCAUUUCGAAGUUUACGUGCCCCUUUUCGAAGCCCUCGCCAAUAGGGGUCACAAUUUGACGAUAAUCAGCUACCGUAAUACUCCAUAUAACAGUGAAAACAUAGAAAAUUUUUGGUUGGGCCAAGAUGAAGAAGUCAAUGUGGUAUCCCUGAAAGGACUAGGCGAAACUGGAGCGUUUUAUCUAGGUCCGCAUAUGCUGGCAAUGCGGGCAGAGGAAGUUUGCGAGUACGGCUUGCAAGCUAAAGGAUUCAGGAGGUUUUUGGAGAAACACCAAAACACUAAAUUUGAUUUGAUUAUGAUUGAACACUUUAAUAUUGAGUGUUUUUUGGGUUUGGUCAACAAAUAUAAGGCACCCUUUAUAGGUUUAAGUUCCAGUGUGGCUCUUCCUUGGCAAGGCAAAUGGUUCGGGGCUCAACCCAACCCCUCGUACGUACAGAAUGUUUGCGGCGGUUUCAGCACGCCAAUGAUUUUCCUGGACCGUGUGGUAAAUACCCUUUUACACGUUUACUCUAACGUUUGGUACGAGCUUUUCAUAGCAAAACCUGCAAACGAAUGGUCCAAAAAAUACAUCGACUUUGAAGCAGCUGAUCCACACAAAACAAGCCUAUUUCUUGUAAACACUCAUUAUACUUUAACAGGGGUGCAACCCUUAACCCCCAACAUAAUCGAAGUGGGAGGCCUACACGUCCAAAACAGAAAACCCCAAAAACUACCCGCGCAUUUAGAAAACUGGAUCACAAAUGCAAAAGCUGGAGUUAUCUACUUCAGCCUCGGCUCGAUGAUCAGAAGCGACAGUUUCCCCGAAGAACAACGAAACAAAUUUCUGAGAGCCUUUGCCCGAUUCCCUCAGAGAAUCUUGUGGAAAUGGGAAAGCGACGGCGCAAUGUUGGACAAACCGGACAACGUUAUGAUCGACAAAUGGAUGCCGCAAUACGAAAUCUUAUGUCAUCCCAACGUCAAACUAUUCCUGAGUCAUGGUGGACUUCUCAGUACUGUUGAAGCGGCUCAUUGCGGCAAGCCUCUGGUAAUAAUGCCUCAGUUUGGAGAUCAAAGAUUCAAUGCGCACGCAAUGGAAACUAAUGGAGUUGCUACUUUGUUGCAUUUGCAGACUGCAAGUGAAGAACAGAUUGUUGAGGCAAUUGAAAAGGCUCUACAACCAGGGAGAAUGCAAAAUGCCAAGGCUUUAAUGGACAAAUUCAAAGACAGGCCUUUAUCUCCCAUGGACACUGCAAUAUACUGGGUGGAACAUAUUGCCAGGCACAAGGGAGGCGAGCACAUGCGAUCCAGAGCCAUUGACAUGCCAUUUUAUCAAGUUUACUUACUGGAUGUAAUUGGAUUUUUAGUUUGUAUUAUUUUCUGUGCAAUGUUUGCUUUGUACAAAACUGUAAGACUGAUUUUAAGAUUAGGCAGAGCCAAAAAGGUGGACAAACAAAAAUACUCAUAAAUAUUUAGUUUUAGUUUUGAUGUAAGUGUUAAUAAUUUAUUCAACUAAAUUUCCAUUUGGUCGACACACGCCGAGCCAAAAAAAAUAAAAAAACAUAAAAAGUUUAAUAUGAAAUUUUAUUGUGAAAUGGACCGUCUUGUACAGUUCUACUCGAAUUGACAUUGGAUAUAACCCCGCCGAAAUGGUUUAUUUAAUAUCAAACCCCAAUAUAACUUUCCUGCGUCAUAUCACGUAUCUUUCCCAAAAGCGAGAUACAAUUUUUACAGUUCCGUGAACAUAUUGCAAUAUAAGGAAUCGUAGUUUUUAGUAUCCGGGACAAAAACGCCCGAGAUCCAAUUUGCUCUAUACUCGAUUUUAUCAUUUUUCCGACAAAAAUUUUCUGGAACAUAACAAUGUCGAAAUGUCGAUGAUAUUUUUAGAUUGGAUGAAUUAAAAAUACCUAAAAAUAUCGGUUUGAAUCGCAAAAUUGCACAUAUUAA